UCGUUACUCACACACGCGCUCUCUCUCUCUUUCUCUGCUCCACUGCCUUUGCUACUGUUUAUCCCCUUCUUCAAUUUCCCCCUAAAAUAAUACUUUUGGUAGCAGAGGCAGCGGCAGAGGCCAUUGGGUUGGCCAGGUUGUUGAGAGAGAGACAGAACAGAGAUGACAUCAAUUUUCUACUACAAAGAAGAGUGAGAUCUGAGUUGUAACUUCCCUUUUCUGCUCUGUUUUCCAUAUUUCCAAGGAUUUUUGUUAUUUCCCUUCCAUUUUAGCCACUCCCAUUCCCAUUCACUUGUUUGUUUCUUUCAGAAUCCUUUAAAACCCAUCGAUCCAUCGGUUUCUUCUUCUUCUUCUUCUUCUUCAUUCGCCGCUCUGUUUCAGACAGAGGCCAUGGCAGAAGCUUCACAGAUUCUCUUACCGGAGUCGUUUCAAGGGGGAAGAGGCGAUUUCUCUGACCAAAUUUGGCUCAUAUGGGAGCUCAUCAAAGCGCCAUUGAUAGUUCCUGUGCUUAGAUUAAUGGUUUAUAUCUCAUUGGCAAUGUCUCUCAUGCUUUUCUUUGAAAGGCUUUAUAUGGGAAUUGUCAUUAUUCUGGUUAAGCUCUUUUGGAAGAAGCCUGAGAAACGUUAUAAUUAUGAACCCAUUCAGGAUGAUUUGGAAUUGGGAAGCUCCAAUUUCCCUCAUGUUCUUAUUCAAAUCCCUAUGUUUAACGAAAGAGAGGUUUACAAGAUCUCCAUUGGAGCUGCUUGUGGACUUUCCUGGCCGGCCGACCGCCUCGUCAUCCAAGUUCUUGACGAUUCAACCGACCCUGUCAUUAAGCAAAUGGUGGAACAAGAAUGCCUAAGAUGGGCAAGCAAAGGGAUCAACAUAACAUACCAAAUCAGAGAAACCAGAGGAGGGUACAAAGCUGGAGCUCUGAAAGAAGGGCUUAAACGGAGCUACGUUAAACACUGUGAAUAUGUCGCCAUUUUCGACGCCGAUUUCAGGCCGGAGCCGGAUUAUCUCCGGCGAGCCAUUCCGUUCUUAGUCCAUAACCCAGAUAUUGCUCUGGUUCAAGCUCGCUGGAGAUUCGUGAAUGCAGAUGAGUGCUUGUUGACCAGAAUGCAAGAGAUGUCUUUGGAUUACCAUUUCACAGUGGAGCAAGAAGUUGGGUCUGCUACCCAUGCCUUCUUUGGCUUCAAUGGAACUGCUGGUGUAUGGAGAAUUGCUGCAAUUAAUGAGGCAGGUGGGUGGAAAGACAGGACCACAGUGGAAGACAUGGACCUUGCGGUUCGAGCUAGUCUUAGAGGCUGGAAAUUUGUCUACUUAGGUGACCUGCAGGUAAAAAGUGAGCUUCCUAGUACUUUCAAAGCCUUCCGUUUCCAGCAGCACCGAUGGUCUUGUGGCCCUGCCAAUCUUUUCCGCAAAAUGGUCAUGGAAAUUGUCAGAAACAAGAAAGUUAAAUUCUGGAAGAAAGUUUAUGUGAUUUACAGUUUCUUCUUCGUUCGGAAGAUCAUUGCCCAUAUGGUUACUUUCUUCUUUUACUGUGUUGUUCUUCCCCUUACCAUUUUGGUUCCUGAAGUGUAUGUACCAAUCUGGGGAGCUGUUUACAUUCCUUCAAUCAUUACCAUUUUGAACUCAGUGGGAACUCCAAGGUCAAUUCACCUUCUGUUCUACUGGAUUCUUUUCGAAAACGUGAUGUCGUUGCACCGCACGAAAGCGACUCUGAUCGGUCUAUUCGAAGCGGGUCGAGCCAACGAAUGGGUUGUGACUGAAAAACUUGGAGAUGCUCUAAAGAACAAGGCAGCUGCUGAUGCUGCCAAGCUGAAGGCAAACGCCAAAGUGCCUAAAAUAAGGUUGAGGUGCAAGUUGGGAGACAGAAUCAACACAUUGGAGCUGGGAUUUGCAGCGUUCCUGUUCUUGUGUGGUUGCUAUGACUUUGUUCAUGGGAAGAACUGCUACUUUGUGUAUCUAUUCCUUCAGACAUUCAGCUUUCUGAUCACUGGAAUUGGCUAUGUUGGCACCAUCAUCCCAAGCUCUUGAGAAGCGAAGACCACUUCCUUUGAAAAAGAUUAUUUAUAUAUAUAUAUAUAUAUGAUAUAUUUAGUAAAGCUGAUAAUGUUCUACAGAAGGAGUAGCCUGCCUAACUUAGAACAACAAAGGGGGGUUUCAGGCAAUAGUUCAGUUCAGCUUCUUGGAAGAACAAGAUGAACAUGAUGAACAUGAUGAACAUGAUGAACAUGAUGAACAUGAUGAACAAGAACAAGAACAGAGAGGUUAGGAUUUGAAGAG